UGAGACUAAAGGGAAUCACGAGUCUGCCUGAGUCUGAGCUGGUGGAGACCUUUCUCGCGCUGGCCGGCUGGGCGCGCGGCCGGCGGGGACUUUUUUCACGCUGCUCGGCGGGUCACUCAGCUAUGGAGCGGAAGUCGAAUCUGUCUCUGCUUCUCCUACUGCUGGUCCUGGGCAUGCCCCUGGUGCGGGGCUCCAGCCCUCUGCCCCUGGUCGUCAACACUUGGCCUUUUAAGAAUGCCACUGAAGCAGCGUGGUGGACAUUGCUAUCUGGAGGUUCUGCCCUGGAUGCAGUGGAGAACGGCUGUGCUGUGUGUGAGAAGGAGCAGUGUGAUGGGACUGUAGGCUUUGGAGGAAGUCCUGAUGAAGGUGGCGAAACCACCCUGGAUGCCAUGAUAAUGGAUGGCACUGCCAUGGAUGUGGGAGCAGUGGGAGGCCUUAGAAGAAUUAAAAACGCGAUUGGCGUGGCGCGGAGAGUCCUGGAGCAUACCACACACACGCUUUUAGUGGGGGACUCAGCCACCAAGUUUGCUGAAAGUAUGGGGUUUACUAAUGAGGACUUGUCUACCAAAACCUCAAGAGAUCUUCAUUCAGAUUGGCUUUCUCGAAAUUGCCAGCCAAAUUAUUGGAGAAAUGUUAUUCCAGAUCCCUCAAAAUACUGUGGACCCUACAAACCAUCUGGUUUCUUAAAGCAGAGUAUUUCUCCCCACAAAGAAGAAGUGGAUAUCCACAGCCAUGAUACUAUUGGCAUGGUUGUAAUCCAUAAGACGGGACAUACUGCUGCUGGCACAUCCACAAAUGGUAUAAAAUUCAAAAUACCUGGUCGUGUAGGGGAUUCACCAAUCCCUGGAGCCGGAGCCUAUGCUGAUGACACGGCUGGAGCAGCUGCAGCCACUGGCGAUGGUGACACACUCCUGCGCUUUCUGCCGAGCUACCAAGCUGUAGAAUAUAUGAGAGGAGGAGAUGACCCAGCCAUAGCUUGCCAAAAAGUGAUUUUAAGAAUUCAGAAAUACUAUCCAAACUUCUUUGGAGCGGUCAUAUGUGCCAGUGUGAACGGAAGUUAUGUCUUCUUGGUGCUCUGAAGAACAGACCCUUGCUGGAGAGUCAGCCAGAUGGGCCCGCAGAAUUGAUCUGACACCGCUUGUGCCAUGUCUUCUGUUUGCUUCCUCAUGAGCCAAGCCCAGCCGCAAAGUGUAGAAGGUCAGGCACUGUGGCUUCCCAUCUCGGAGUCUUCAGAUGGAGAAUAUGCAGAGCCUACUGAUCAAUAGAGCUUAUUAGGCUAGACUGCUCGCUGCUCUUCUUUGAUCUUUUACUUCCCACACUUUUGUAUUUGGAGAGCUUGUUUGAAGAAAGCCUAAUUCUUUUUUAAGUUCUAAGACAUAAAAGUCAAACAAAGUUAUGGGGGGGGGGGUUGCUUUAUGUAUCAAAGAAGGCACUUUAAUGAUUCCCUCUUAACAGAUAAGCCACAGAAGGCUCAAAUUUACAUUUAGCAGGGUGGGAAGAUACUAAUUAUCUAACUAUAUGAAUUAAAAGUUGACUACGUCUAAUAAAGUCGUGACAGGAAGACCUCUCCCCCUGCAGGUAUGAAGAGAAACUGAACUCAGACAGAAAGCAACUUGACCAAUAGCUCUUCCCGCUUUUCCCAUCCCCGUGAACAGGGGUGGGAAGAGGGGGAGGAAGCAGUGAUGUGGGAAGGUUUUCUAGGGAAGAGAACAUUGUAGUAGCUAGGAAAAUACAAAAUUUGACCUUUUUUUUUUUCCUAAGGAAGGGAUUGAAAGAGCAAAAUAAUAGCAGUGAGAGCAAGUGCAUGGGGGCAGGCAUUGGCUCUUUGAUGUUCAAGGGGAUCAAUUAGGUCUGGAGAAAUGGCUCAGAAGUUAAGAGCACUUGCUCUCUUUUUUUCCAUUAAUUGGUUAAUUUAUUAACACUGCAUCCUGAUCGAAGCUACCCCUGCCUCCUCUCCUCCCAGUCCCUCCCUCUCACUUCUUCCCCCACCCCCUCAUUUUCUCCCAUGGGGAUCAACCUGCCUUGGCAUACAUAUCAAGCGGCAGUAGGCCUAGCUGCAUCUUCUUCUAUUGAGGCUAGACAAGGCAGCCCAGUUAGGGAAAGGGAUUCAAAGGCAGGCAACAAUGUUCUAGACAGCCCCUACUCCUGCUGUUAUGGAUCCCAUAUGAAGAACAAAUAACACAUUUGUGUGUGUGUGUGUGUGUGUGUGUGUGUGUGUGUGUGUGUGUGUGUGUGUGUAUAUAGGAGGUAGGGACUAGGUCUGUCCCACUCAUGGAGAGCACUUGUUCUUGUAUAGGACCUACACACGCACAUUAGGUUCCCAGUACCCACAAAGUAUCUCACAACCAUCUGUACUCCAGUUUCAGAGUGUCUGCCUCCUUCUAACCUCUUUGAUACCAUGCACACAUGAGAUAUACAUACAUAUAUGCAGACGAGCACUUAGUCACAUAAAAUAACUUUUAAAAAGCUAUAAUUACUUUAUCCUCCUCUUCUUCCAUGAUUUUUCAUUACUCUCUACCAUGAAGACAGGAAGGGCAAAAUAUAUACACACAUACACACACAAAAAUAUAUAUAUACACAGUGCCAUAUGCCUCAACAAUAUCUAUGCCAAUGUUAUCGUUAUUGGUUCUGAAUACAUGCCUCCUAUAACCCAUGUCUGUCUCUUUUGUCUCAAGGUGCUGCUUGCAACAAACUUCCAACAUUUACACAAUUUAGUUUCAUGGUUUCUAAUUCUUUACACAAUGAGCCAACCGAAAAAAAAGUAGACUGCAUCUAAUCUAUUCUGUUUGUCAACGUGUGUAUUUGAAGAAGGAAAGUCAUGAAGGUUUGGAAAGUUGCUUACUGACAUUAUGGAAUGUCUUCAUUUAUUUUAAGUUCUUGUGUAAAUUAAGUAAAAAAAAAAUAAAUUAUGCUCUAAUGUUA